AUGCAUUUCAAAAGUGUAGUCGUGAUUUUCAUCAGUUUUUUAGCUUUAACAUUAAGCACUGUUAGAUUUACAAACAUUAAAUGUGAAGAAUUAAGACCAAAAUUUGCCACCAUUUCGAAAUGUCAACUUAAAAUGGUACAACGCGGUGUGGCAGCUCUAGACAUUUAUGUUAAACUCUUGCAAAUACCAGUAACAAAUAUAACGGUGACUUCGAGUUUGUACAAAAAAGCCAAUGGUUUUCGACCAUUUUUGUACAAUACUACCACAAACUUUUGUGAGUUUUUGAAAAAUAAAAGAAAAUAUCCUUUUUUCAAUAUAGUUAUGGAUAUGUUUUACAAAGCUUCUAAUGUAAAUCACAGCUGUCCUUAUAAUCAUGACAUUAUUUUGCGUAAUGUAAUUUUAAAAGAUUCCAUGUUUAAACAUUUGCCACUGCCAGGAGGUGAAUAUAUGAUCAAUUUGACGGUAUACGCCUACAAUGAUCCGAAGGCUGUUGUAAAAGCUUACUUUCAACAGUUAGAAAGCAUUUAA